AUGGUGUUCAGCGCCACCGUCCGACUGUCCGGUGAGAUGAUUUCGCCAGCCCCGCGAGGUGCGGUUGAGGAUCCCACCAACCUCCUGCACCGCCUCCGGCAGUUUAUGCGGGCACUUUCUCCGGUCCCGCCGGGGUCCUCCGCCUCUCCGUCUUAUCUCGAAGACUUGGCAACGUGCUCUCACGUCUACCUUCGAUGUGACCGAGUUCGCCGGCCUCUGGCACCGCCCUAUGACGGCCCAUUCGGGGUGCUCUCGCGAGGGACAAGGACGUUCCGCACUCAACACGACAAUCGUGAGGAGGUCGUGAGUGGGACCGCCUCAAAGCUGCCGUCCCGGACAUUCCUCUGGAUGAGCUCUGUGGUCCCCUACCUUCUGCUUUCCCACCUCCUGGUUUUAAUCAACCUUGCCGUAUUUCCCCUCUCCCCCCUGUCCGCUACCUCCAACUGCCACGUCUAA